UUGAUUUACCUUCAUUUUCUUGACAUGAAAAUCAUGCCUCAAGCAAGAAAUGAAGAGAAAAGUUGCAGAAAGCCCAAAAACAAACACAAAUUAGCCUCAUUUUCAGAGUCCAAUGGCAGCAAACAUGCAACUGAAUCAAGAAAGAAAAUCAGUGAGAAAAAUUCCAAGAAAAUGAGGUUUGCAUUUGUAAAAUUUAAAGGGCUGGGAUGUAAAGGGACCUCAUCUACACCGGCAAUCAUACGGUCAGCAGCUGAGUGGGAAACUAAGAGAGCGAAAAACCAAAACCAGACGACGAAAAAACCAUCGAAAAACCGAAGAAAUCCAGCAAACAUUGUUGUUGAUUUUGUUCCUGAUGUGUGCUGUGCUCCUCCAGGCAUUGGCCUUUCUUCUGAUUUUGCUCCUUUAAAUAAAAAUCCUGCCUCAAAGUUAGAUCACAGAAAGCAUCCUCGUGAACCUAGGAGAAACGGAGACGAUUCGAGUCUCGAGUUUCCAGCAAUUUCACGACGUGUAAUUAGCUCCAGAACUAAUAAUCAUCGUUCUGCAGGAGAAAUCAUAGAAAUGAUGAUGUCACAACAAACUCUACUUCCCGGAAGAAUCGUCCAAGGAAACGAUCGGUACUGGGCCUGGAGACGCAACAUUGAUGAUAUGUCGUACGAGGAGCUUCUUGAUUUGGGUGAUAAGAUCGGGUAUGUGGGCACUGGUUUGCAAGAAGAGGAGCUAUCCAGAUGUAUAAGGAAAUUCAAGAUGUGUAACCAAAAGCUUAUAACUUCCCACAAAGAUUGGAAAUGUAGCAUUUGCCAAGAGAAAGGUAGAAGAAAUGAUGAUAUAGGAACACUGGAUUGUGGUCACCAUCAUCACUUACAAUGCAUAAAGAAGUGGCUCACACAUAAAAAUGAAUGCCCUGUCUGCAAAUCUGCUGUCAUGCUCGACAGGUCGAGAUAAGGUUCCCGUAUAAUGUUUCUCAGUUUCCCGACAUUUUACUGCUUCUAUUUGCACAAUUUAAGCACCACUGUUUUAGUCCUAAAUCAAGAACAUUUCAUUAACUGUAACAGAAAAUUCCGAUUCUUA